AUGUCGUACGUGAGGUUGCUCAGAUUGCCUCCGCACUCGGAGACGAUCGGUCGUGGGGCAAACGGCUGGAGAAGGCACUUAUCGGCUCGUCGCCCGACCAGCGGCGGUCCAAGCAGUGCCGAGCACGCUUGCAGCGGGUGGCAUAAACGUGGACACUUUCGCACUGGCAGCCAUGCGCUGGGGAAGGGAGAAGGUGACAGCAUGGUCCAUGCAAAGAUACAGGGUCCAACAGGCAUGAGAGGUUACGAGGAAGAUAACAAGAACUCGGACAGCAUUAGUCGCAACUGGAAGAACGAGAACUCUACUAUGCGCGGUGCACAUCCGAAGAGCGCUGCCCUCCGAGCCUGGGGUGACGCUCGUUCAAGUUUUGACCGCGAGCGGGUUUUGCUUGUACGCUCGGCACACUCGACAGGAUCGUCGCCAUUCUGGGGAGCCCUAGGGAACGAAUGGGACCAUAGGAGUGGAUUUGUGCAAUCGCGACCACUUCGAUCAUUUGCCUCUUCGACACCAACUAAGCCGGACUUCAAAGCGGAAUCGUCCGACAGUAACAAGAGGAAGGGCCUACAGCCACGGCAGCGAGAGUCCCUGGGAGAUCUGCUCAAGCCAAGCGAUAAAGAGAUCGAGCCGGUCAAGGACGAAUCAGCACAGCGCUUCAAGGACCUGCAAGAAGAGUACACGCUGUACGAGGCGGCCAGAAAGGACCCCAAGCAAGCAUCUGAGCAGGUUUGUUGCUUGUUCCCGCGUGGCCUUUCAAAGGUGGAGCAAUCCCAGAUGGCGUUGACGCGGAAAAAGGCUGUCGCCAUGGUCAAGAAGAUUCCAGUGAUGACAUGGAACGCGACUAAGGCGAUCGUGCUUUUCCUUUGGGAGAUCAUCAAGAACCCCAUCGUGCUGAAGGACAAGUUGGGCGUAGCCCAGUACCAUCUCAAAGAGUUUGGACGACACUACUGGCUCGGGUUGAAGCUGUUGUGGGGUGACAUCAAAACGGCCAAAAAGAUCUUAAGACGAAUCCUCAGAGGUUUCCCGAUGACUCGAAGGGAGCGCAAGCAGCUCCUUCGGACAGUCAGCGACAUCUUCCGGAUGGUGCCCCUAGCGGUGAGCCUCGUGGGAAUUGAGUUGUUUUUCGUCGUCCCCGAUGUCUUGCCAAAAUCCAACAAAGAAUCAAUGAAAGCAGCGAAAAUCAUCCUAGCAUGCUCCAAGCGCACAAGUAAUGCAGCCGUCAGGGCAGAAUUGGGGAUCCAAUCCCUACGGUCGGGAAGAGACGCGAGGAAGCUGACAUGGCAGUGUCGCAUGUGCGGGAUGGGAGAGGAGAGGUUGCCGAGAAUUGUAUGGGAGGCCAAGUGGGCAAACAAAAAGAGGGGUAGACAACCCACGGAAUGGGUCAAGGUUGUAGAGGACGUAUGGAGGGGGCUCGACAUCGACGAAGAUGAAACGCUGGAAACGGAGGGUCUACAGGGGUUCACGGAGAAGAUAUAUGUUGCUUGUGGCGAGAGAGAAGAACAGAAUCUAAGGAAAGAAACCAAGGAUAAAGAAGGUCUAGAAGUGUACGGAAUGUUGAAGGAAGGAAUAGGCUUCAAGGAUUACCUACAUGGACCAAUGGAUGCAGAAACAAAGCUUAAGGUCGAAUUCAGGACCGGGGACAUAGGCCUUCGAGAACGUCGACGAAGACAUAGGACGGUAGACGAGGAAGACGACGAGUUCAAAUGUGACUGCAGCUUCGAAUGCGAAGACCGUGUUCAUGUAGUCGCGGAAUGUCCGUUGUACAAGAAGGAGAGCGAAGUGUACGUGACUGAGCUGGGAAAAAUAGAUGGGACGUACAGGGAGAUGUUUGAGGCAUGUAAAAGAGAGGAAAGGACGGUAGCUGUACUGGGGCAUAGGAGGUGGGUUGAAAAGGCGGGAAGGGAUAUCGUUAGGAUAGACAGACUAGGGAAGACAUUUUUGAGCCACCUUUGGCAAAGUAGAAAGGAACGAUUGACCAUCGGUGAUCGGUCCUGUGGGAACAAUUCUCCGUCCUCUCGAGGACGCGUGGCGUUCGUGCUGAUCCCCUUCAUGGAGUUUCUCCUACCGGUGGCGUUGAAGGUGUUCCCGAACAUGCUGCCAUCAACAUUCCAGGUGAAGUGCAUCCGGGACAUCGCGUGUAAGGCUGAUCUCCGCAUUUUCGCGAUGGCUUGUCAAUCGACCGUGUUGCAAGACAACCUCAAAGAAGAAGAGAAGUUGAAGAAAGAGCUGAGACUGCGCAUGGCGGCGGAGGAUGGCGAGGAGUCCGAAGCUACAACCGGGGAGUUGACAGAGUUCAUAGAGAAGGCCAAGAUGGGAGAGAUUACCAACCAGGACAUUCCCAAGUUCGCCAAGAUGUUCAAGGUAGGUCGUCAAUACGCGCUCACCCACCCUUCGGUUCCCACUUUGCUCGUUUUGCUCGUUGGCUUCGCGCAGGACGAACUGACGAUGGACAACAUCUCACGAUCGGGGUUGGUGAACAUGUGCCGGUACAUGGGAGUCCCACCGUUUGGAAACGACAAUUUCCUGCGGUACUGCUUGCGCUCAAAGCUGCGAGCCAUCACGCAGGACGACCAGCGCAUCCUGUGGGAAGGAGUGUCGAGUCUCACGAAGCAGGAGCUGCAGGAAGCGUGCCGAGAGCGAGGCAUGCGCGCGACGGGUCUCACCAAGCAGGGGUAUGUACGGCAGCUCAGCCAAUGGCUGGAUCUCAGACAGCUCUCUGCGUAUUGCUUCGUCUUGCCACUGUGCAGUACGAAGAAGAGUGUGCCUAUUUCGCUGCUCAUCAUGAGCCGAGCAUUCACUCUUCAGGCGCCCGACCCGGCAAAGGCCCUGGCGCAAUCAAUAUCUGCCAUGGACGAUGACGUCGUGACCGAGGUGAUGAUUGAGGCUGCCUCCAGCGAGGAGCAGAAGACGCCGGAGUACCGCACCAGGAAGUUGGAGUCUUUGACGAGGCAGAACGAGCUCAUCGAGGAAGAGAAUCGCAAGAGGGAGGAAGCCGAGCAAGCGCAGGAAGCCAAGAAAGCGGAAGAGGCCAACAAGGCUGAAGAGCUGAAGGCUGCCGAACUCAAGGAGGCGGGCGAAGUCGGUGCUGACGGCGUCUCGUCGAAUGCCACGGCGGUGAGAUGCUUUGUGCGUAGCCUAGGCCCUGUGCAAGUGUAUGUAGCAGCUCUUGAGACUUCCAGACCGGGCAUGGUUGUCCACGCCAGUGCGCGGUUGCUUAAUACCUUUCUCUCUCUUGUGGCGAUGUCACCCUCAAUGUGUGCGUCACUGGUGAAGGAGACCGCGGAGGAUGAAGCUGUCGACAGGCUCAUUGAGAAGGCGGCGGUCGAAGCAGCGGCUAGGACAGCGCCAGGGGACGCCUCGCCACAGGUUGAAAUGCAGGAGGGGCAGCAGCGCUUUGGGGCACCGUCGGGUGUCGAAACAAAGAAAGGCACGGAGCCCGUCACCACUGAAGCAGAUCUUCUUGCACCCUCGAGGGGUGUCGGGGUGGGAGACCGGUUGGUAGCCUCCAAGCCAGCCAAGUCAAAACAGUCCAAGAAGGCAUCCAAGACAAGUGCUGUGAACACGCCGAAGGUCGAGCUGGACCAGCGCGUGGGAAACGUGGCUGAUGCUGAGCGCCAGCUGUCUGAGAGCAAGGAAGAGAAGCACACCGCGGAAGAUGGAGGGAAUAAACUCACGUCCUACUUGCCCGCCCAUGCUGGCCGUGAUCCCUGUACCCGACGUCCCCGUCUCUUGAAGAACGCUGAGCUGGCUGCUCUGGAGUCGUUGGCCAGUCCGUCUAGCGUCGAGAAGGAGAAGGCACAGUUGGCGAUGAUGAAGGCGGCCUUGCAAGAGUCCUUGGGCAAGGUAUGCGCGAGAAGAUAUGUGUUGCACACGGCUUCUGUAUGCGGGUGCCUGCUAGUCCUUGCAGCUCUAUAGCGAUCUGCCGGUGAACGGGCGGCAUGUCCGCCGGCGUAAUAUCUCUGUACACCAUUUUCAAGAUGUAAAGAAGCACGCGGGCAAUACUAAGUGUAUCUGCUCACAGGCCCAUGAUUGAAAGCCUACGUCGCAUAUUUCUGUA